GAACACAAACACAGUUAUAUCCGUGCUGCACGUUUGCUUGAAUCGCAAGAUUGAUCCGUGUUUUCAGCUUGAAAUCGACGCUGCACCUGCGGUGACACGUCACAGGAGAUGUGCAACACUUGCUUUGAGUCUAGGUUGAUCACCCCUUGCUGAGAAUUCCUGCACAUUGCAAUCCGCGGAUCAAAACCAGUUACUCCCUCAUCAUGGCAUUUCCGCGGGACCGUAGGACGAUUAGAGAGGAGUACGAGGAGCGCUUCUUUAACAGAGAUUCAAGAGAGGUGACGGUCCAGAGAUUUGUGAAUAUUGUAGAGAGAAGGAAUAUUGUACGGCCCGAGCUCGACUACGAUAGAAGGUAUUGCGAUGACUCGUGGUACGGUGGCCCUCGAAACCAUCAGGACCAAAGAGGAUACCGUGACGGAGAUGGUUACGGUUACAAGGAUGAAAAUCCCAUGUACGACAACUUCAACAGAAAUUCAUCGCCCCCACGAAAGGAUGACUCUUACUCCUACAAGUGUUCAAACAGAGAUGAUGGAUAUAUGAGGCGUCAAGUAGAGAUAAGGAACCGCUGCAGAUCUGGGCCUUAUCAAGGCGGCAGAGGUCACGGGUUUGGCCCCCCUCAGAGACCCAUGUCAGACAGGGGCAGUCACCAACCAAGGCCACUACAUGGAUACAGCAAUCGAGGGGCUGACCACGAAGAUUAUAGGCGAGGGGAACCAUUUACUGUCACACGGGAGUGCUCUCCUGUCAGGCGGAAAAGCCCAACACCGGAAUCAUCUGACCCCGGACCUGAUACCAGCGCUACGAGCCAUUCUCCCAACAGGAACAAGGGCUUCACCUACCAGCAGCUCCAGCAAAGAAAUAAAGUCCAGACACCGACUGACCACACUCCCAGCGGCUCCAGGGACCAGUCACCACACAGCUCGGGGUCUCAGAAGGAGAACCCCCCCGCAUCUGUAACGGAGUCUGUCGAGGUGGGGGAGGAAGUAGGGGAGGAAGAAGUGAAGGAAGGAGUGGAGGAAGGAGUGGAGGAAGGGGCGGCGGCAGCAGCGGGGGAAGUGGUGAUGGUGCCUGCCAGCGUGGAGCCAACGCCAACACCGGAGGAGGACUUCAAGGCCCGCCGGGCGCAGGCCAUUCAAAGUAAAGCAUUGGAAAUAGAGAAGCUUUACCGGCAGGACUGUGAGACGUUCGGCAUGGUGGUGAAAAUGUUGGUGGCCAAGCAGCCCAAGUUGGAGGAGCUAGUGGAGGCUCCGCUGAAGGAGAACCUGCUGGAGAUCAAGCAGCGGUGCCUUGAUGACCUCAAGCUCUUCAUCAAGGAGCUUGACCAGGUUACACAACCACCCGAGACCUCGACAUGAAACCACGGACCCCUGCGAAAACACAUCCUAGUACGUAGUGACCUGGCCUCGAGUGUCAAAGUCAAACCUUUCUUUUAAUUUGUGGCAUAAAAGUCAACCCUACUGUUCGGACGCGCUCGUAUCUUCGCUGUUGCCCGUUUGACCUUUUUGGAUUUUCAGAGAACGACCCGAUUUCACUCCUACCUAAAACGACCGCGGGCGGUUUUUAAACUCUUUAUUCUGUCGAGAUAAAUACCCAACUGAGAUAUUAAUGCGUUGCAUAUGUUAGUGUCUGUUAGGAACCAGCGGGCACUAAAAUUACCAUUUUAACAACUAUAAUACUAUUUUUACACAGUUUAGACUUCAGAGAGACAAGGUCGAGCUGUUGAAAAAGUGAAAAUAUUACCUGAAAAACAAAAGGGGAAACACACACUGCCCAUCUAACCAAUGUGACAAGGCCUAUGAAACAUGAAAUGUAAAAAAAGAACCGAAAUUAAUUUUUUUAUGAGUAAACUGUGGUGUUUGUAUUACUUUUUUAAACCAAGCAGUAAACUAGUUGUGUGGUACGUGGUCAGCAUGGAGAGAGCUGCAUUGCCUGUGGUAAUGACGUACUCAACACAAUUCCACUAUCUUCAUGUGUUGUUCAGUCGUUGCUGUCGUUUACCUCGUCAGGUUGUGUUCAUUCAAACCAGCGUAGCUCCUGCACUGCUUCAGCUGGGCAGGUCGAGGAACGUUUGGCAGAAAAUCACUUUGGAAUUUUUCAUGCGCAUUUGUGUGUAAUCCCGAGUAAAACCCAUUUGUGUGUAAUCCCGAGUAAAACCCAUUUGUGUGUAAUCCCGAGUAAAACCCAUUUGUGUGCUCGUCAUGAAACUAGCAGCAUCACACGGUAUUACUGGUGUCCCAGGUGAAUGGCACAGGAAAGUCCUGCGUCUGGUCUUGGAAGAGCUUGUCAGACCUCUUCCUGAGCAGCAGUGACGUGAUUCUUCCAGUCACCAGACGGGCCUUUCCUCGUGAGUGAUCCCUUCUGG